AUUGAAUAAAAAAAUAUAGCCCGGAUUUUUUGUUUCUUUUUUCUUUUUAAAUAAAAUAACCAUGUCAGCCAGAGAUCAGAUGCAAUAUGUAAAAGUAGUCAUGAUUCUAUGUUCAAGUUUCUUUGCUUAUGGGUCAUUUUGGUCUGAUUGGUCUUUUGAUUACUACUUUUUAUGGGCUAAUCUAUCAGAACACCCUAACGCUGUUUCAAGAGCGACAUUGUAUUAUACAAAUCAAUUGCAUGCUCCCAAUAUUAUCAAAUAUAUUCCUUUUGCCAACUUGAUGAUUGCCGCUGUUGGAUUUGCUGCUGGUUUGGCUAAUAUGACAGAUGGAAACAUUUUGUUUGAUGGUGCUUCCUUAGUAUUGAUGCUAUUUGCUCUUUCGACUUAUGCUUCAUCUGUCAGACCUGCCAUGAAGAUCAUUUCUGAAACAGUGGAUGAAAAGGAAAUCAUUUCUAGUUUGAAGAAUAUUGCAGCUGCUCAUUUCAUUAUCGUGUUGGCCAUUACUGGCAUCAUCGGACUACAAAUCACAUAUUAUAUUGUCACAAAAAGAGCGGAUAAUGCAGAAUUAGCAGCUUUGAAGAAAGAAGCUGAAGUCAAAAAGACGAAUUAAUAUCUCUAUAAUAAAUAAUGACAAUAGUGUGUAUGUCAAUGUUUAAACCUUGCACCUUAUAAUAGUAUAAAGUGUCUAAAAGAACAUUAUACCCAUCAGUGAACUAAAUUCAGUGUCUUUCAUUGUUUAAGUCUGUUGAAAGACAUUUUCAUAGAGAACAGUGACGAUGGAAUAUACUGAUUGGACAAUAAUAAUGUCAC